CGUCCUCGUAUUGUUUACAUUCUGGUCUUUGUUCUGGCAAAUAUGUCCAAAAAACGGUCCAAAAGCACCGAGACCCGGAGCCUGAGAGCCGUAAUCGACCAGCGGCUGGCGGCGGCCGCGGACCACAUCUUCUGGCUGCUGAAGGAGCGCGGACAGGCGGAGCUAGAGCAGCUGAGGGAGCUGGUCACGGAGCGGAUCUCCGCGGCCGUGGAGGAGAUCUUCACCGCGUUCAGAGCCACCAGGACGAUCGACAGAGAACCAGAGGGGCCAGGGGACAGUCCGAGACCAGAACCCGGAGCAGACAGGACAGAGUUGUGCCUGUCGGUCGGUGUCCGAAGUCUCACUGAUGGAAAACACCUGAAGCCGGACACCCGACUGAAGGAGCCUCUACCUGGUACGUCCUCCAGACCAGAGACCAUCUCUGAACCAGACCACCACCCAGCCUCUCCAGAUGAUCCUGCUGGUGAGGAGGAAGAGGACGACGAAGAGGCGACAACUCACUGCUGCAGAGUGUGUGGGAAAUCCUUCGACAGGAAAGGCUUUUUGAUGAAACAUGUAGAGAAACACUCAAAGGAGGCAGAGUGUCUGUGCGGUCUGUGCGGUGAGUAUUUGGAGUCCAGUGAUGGUCUGAAGCUUCACCUUCAAACUCACCGCGACAGCAGCAGGACCUGCGACGUCUGCGGCAAGAAGUUCCCCUCAAUCCGAGCUCAGGAGACGCACCUGAGGCUGCACACUGGAGAGAAACCCUUCAACUGCCAUGUCUGUGGAAAAGGCUUCAACCAGAAGGGCAACAUGGUGACGCACAUGAGGAUCCACACGGCAGAGAAGCCGUUCAGGUGCACCGUCUGCCGGAAAGACUUCAGCCACGCUGGCUCUCUGGAGCGACACAUGAAGGCCCACGAUGGACAGAUGCCGUUCAGCUGCAAAGUCUGCAGGAAAGGAUUUGCAAAGAGCACCGAGCUGAGGCGACACAUUCGGAGCCACGAAUCCAAUGACCAGCCUGCCGUCAGGAGCAGACGCAGGAAACCGAGUCUGACUCCCUCCCACUGCUGCAAGGUAUGUGGGAACGCCUUUCACAAUAAAGGGAACUUUGUGCGGCACGCUGAGACUCAUUUAAACGAUCCUGAAUAUUGCUGUGGCGUCUGUGGAGAGCAGUCAGAGUCCUCAGAGAGUCUGCAGAUCCACAUCCAGAGCCACCGAGAAACCAGCAGGAUCUGCGACAUCUGCGGCAUCAGCUUCAGGGACAUGGAGAUCCACAUGAGGACACACACUGGCCAGAAACCCUUCAGGUGCAAAGACUGCGGUAAGGACUUCCCCAGAAAAGGGUCUCUGGAGCGACACAUGAAGCUGCAUGCCGGCGAGAGGCCGUACAUCUGCGAGUUCUGUGGGAAGACUUUCAUUGAAAAUACCGUCCUGAAGAGACACAUCAAGAGCCACACAGGUGGGAAGCCAAGGAUUUACUCCUGCGAUGUCUGUGGCAAAAAGUUCACCAUGAGCCAGCAUCUGGACGUGCACAAAAGGAUCCACACUGGGGAGAAACCGUACACCUGCAGGGUCUGCGGGAAGAACUUCCGCCAGAUUGGCAACCUGGACUCCCACAUGAGGAUCCACACGGGUGAGAAGCCGUUCAUCUGCAGCCUCUGUGGGAAGAGGUUUCGCCAGAAGAUCUCACUGGAGACACAUGAGAGGUUCCACAAGAAGGAGAAACCAUUCAGCUGCCAGCUCUGCAACAAAGGCUUUGUCCAGAAGAUCGACCUGAAGAGACACAUGCUGACUCACACCGGGGAGAAACCCUACAGCUGCCGGGUGUGCGGGAAGAGCUACCAGGAGAAGCGCUCGGUGGACUCGCACAUGAAGGUCCACACGGGAGAACGAAGACCGUUUCCCUGCUCCUAUUGUGGUAAAAGAUUCAGUCUUAAGGGCAACUUGAACAGACACAUCAGAGACCACACUGGAGAGAGACCAUUUCCCUGCACAGGUUGUGAUAAAUCAUUUAAAGACAGUGGGUCGUUAACGGCACACAUGAGAUGUCACACUGGAGAGCAACCUUACAGCUGCUUAUUCUGUGGGAAGAAUUUCAGUGGGAGGGGAAACAUGACCAGACACAUGAGAAUCCACACAGGAGAGAAGCCAUUUACCUGCUCAGUGUGCAAUAAAAGUUUUCAUGUUAAAGAACACCUCAACAGACACAUGAAGUACCACACAGGGGAGAAACCCUUCAGCUGCUCUGUCUGUGGUAAAGGUUGUGCUCAGAAAACAGACCUGAAGAAACACAUGAGAGUCCACACGGGAGAGAAACCGUUUAGUUGUCCAUUCUGCGGAAAGUGCUGUGCUGAGAAAGGAGACUUGACCAAACACAUGAGAGUGCACACAGGAGAGAAACCAUUCAGCUGCAACAUCUGCGGCAAAAGUUGUGCCCAAAAGGGCAGCCUGAAGAUUCACAUGAGAAUCCACACAGGAGAGAAACCAUUCAGCUGCUCCGUCUGUGGCAAAUGUUUUACUGUUACAGGACAUCUAAAGAGACACAUGAAGCUGCACACAGCAGACGGUCAGGUGACCAAGUCUCCAGACACUUUAUCAGGCAAAGAGAAGGAUGGAGUUGACAGCGUGGAACCGUUGAACACAUCAUGAUGGUCCAUCAGUCAGGAGGAAAGAGGACCUCUGAGUCAGUGAGGUGGUUUUGGGAUGCAGCCAUAUAUGAGCCCACGUUUAUCAAGCUUCUCAGACUCGUGCCAUUAAGGAUAUUUAUUAGAUUGUGAUAAAUAAACUAAAAUCAGUGAUUCAGUUGAUCAACAGUGUUUCCCACAGACUCAGUUCUAUUUGUGGCUGUAGCUGACUGGGGUGUAGCCUGGUAAAUAAUACCAGAUGUAAACGGUGCUCCUCUACUUUGUGACACAUGAAUAACUUGUGUCACAUUGUGUCGAACAGACGACCCUCAUUGAUCAGCUCCCGUCGGUGAGUGUUGACUACAGAUUGUGAUUGGUAUGUGAGCUCAGCCUGUACAUAUACGCAGCAGCUCUGUGCACACCGAAUGACAGACACACAGAGAGGGACCGUAAAGAGAAUUCAUUGAUUUUGUUGAUGGUCCACUGGCCCACUGAUGUGGCAGGAUUCCUCCCAGUGCUCCUGACGGCCAGUCUCACUAUGACAGAUGGUCUGUUAGGGCUGGGUGAUAUGACUUCAAAUCAGUAUCAUGAUUAUUUCAAACUUUUACCUCAAUUAUGGAUAUUGAAUGAUUCUUUUGUCUCUUAUCAGUUUCUCUCUUCUUUUGAGUUGUGCUCUCUUCAUCGCUUUUGUCCGUCCAGAUUACAACACAACCCCAGAGUUAACAAACUAAAACAGGGUCAGCGCUGUGUUUCGAAAAGUCUCAGUUUUAGGGGCUGAAAACUCAAUGAGCCUCAGUAUUUGUGUACCGGUAGUUCACAUCACCAGCUUCACUUUGAGUGAGCUCGGACGAAUGUUAGUUGGACGGGGCAGAGCCACAUGACUGAACACAAGGUAGUAUUUAUUAAGGGGUCAGUUCAUGAACCCAGCAUUGGGGAAAGUAUUGGCUGAAUUAACCGACAUGAACAAGACUAAGUUGUGAGAGGGUCUAAAUGUCCUAAGUUCACACACACAGUUGGACAAUGAAAUAAGAUUUUACCCAUUUAAAAUAUAAAAAAUAAAUAAAUAAAAAAUCAGAAGGAAAAAAAACACCAACUUAUCCACUGAUUCGGAUCAGAUCAAAGUAACAUGCGCUUAAAAAUGCCACAAUCCUCUGGAGGGAACAGAUCGACCUGGAGAGCAGGCUGAGGUGUUAAAUUUAUCUCCAGUGUCGAACCAAACACACAAACCUGAGAACAUGGAGGCAGUAAAGACACAUUUCCUCUGAGGAGCUUGAUAAGCAUGGAGCCUGAACACCACUCACACAAAGGCUGUGUGAAUGAAGAAAAAAAUGGAUGCUGCUGUUCGGCUAAAAUUCAGCUUUAUUAUCCCCAAUGUCGCUGUUAUAAACAAUGUGUUUAUAGUUUAUAGGAGAAAAUUGACACGUCAGACACACAGUUGAAGGACCUGAAGAAGAAGCUUUGACUCGGAGAAGAACACCUGUGGACGACUGAUAGGAGCUUCUUUGGCUUAUUGUAACUGAAACACUCUGAACUGCUUUUUUACUAACUGUUGUAUAAAAUCCUGUCUGAGGAGUAACAGAUAUCUGUUGCCUGAAGAUGUUUCACAGCAGGAUUGUUUUGCCAAAAAUUGUGGUUAAUAUUCGCAAAGUUGCAAGUCAGCAAGAUGU